CCAGUGUGUAAUAUAUGCAUGACGUCAGAGGUCGCGACCUUAACUUCAGUGCGAGGACACUCUAGUCAAAAUGGCGGAGACUGAAAACGUGUCGUUAAAACAACUGUUUUCAUGGAUUACAAUGUGGGUGUUGCAGAAAAUAAAUAUGCUCCAUUAACUAGUGGAAUAUGGGUAUCUUUCAACAAGAUGAUGCUGAGGUGUAGUUAAGUCAUUAGGGAAAGAACUUGACAAAACCAGUUCCUGUAUCAUUUCCUGGCUUAUGAUGAAGAGAUCUGCUUUUGGACUUAAAGUUGCACGAGCUGCACAGAGAGUACGUUUGGCUGCAAGUGGUGCCAUGUUGCGGGGACUGCGUGUCAGUGAUGCAGCACCAGCCUGCCCGGAUCAGACUACAGCUGCAGUUCGAUCCCCUGUCAAGUGUCCACAAUUGGAAACUACCUCCUAUGACACUGACGUGGUUGUACAUUCCGGCCAGAAUAAGAGCAUCAGUGUACGUGUGGCGGACAUUCAGCCAGACCAGAUGGACAAUGUCCUCUGCCUGUUCACGUACAACUGGGAAGUGAAGUACUCCACAUGGAAAAUCACGUCCUCCAACCUCGAGUGUGAGGCUCUCCAGUUUGAGUUCUCUGAUGUCAUGUUGCCCAUAGUAACCGCUCAGUUCACCGUGACGAGUGGGAAGAACAGCGUUCCAUUGGAUAAUCCACAAAAUAUCAAAGUCCGCAUCUACAAGUGUGGUACCAUGGUAACCAACUGCAGUCAGUGCCUUAGUAUGGACCCGGAAUAA